AUGGCAAAGACAAACAAUGCCUCCUCGCGAGGCUGCUGCUGCACCUCCACUUUGAAAGUCCUCGCUGUGCUGCUUGCCGUUUUCGCCUCUCUAUUCUACUACCUUGAACAACAUCUCGAAUCAUUCUACAUCUUCGAUCCGGCCCAUUUGCAUGAUCUUUCUCAGCGCGCCAUCGCGGCGCAUGGAAACGACACGCGCGCCGUGGUCAAAUAUAUUGUUGGCGAAUUGGAUGAGAAACUCGACGGAAAGCACCUGAACUUUGAGGAGGAGUGGGUGUUUAACAACGCUGGCGGUGCCAUGGGUGCCAUGUACAUUAUUCACGCCAGUAUCACCGAGUACUUGAUCAUUUUCGGAACUGCAAUCGGCACCGAAGGACACACCGGCCGCCACACCGCAGACGACUACUUCCACAUCCUCCAAGGCACUCAACUAGCCUACGUCCCCGGCGAAUACGAGCCCGAAGUCUACCCCCAAGGAAGCGUACACCACUUGCGUCGCGGCGACGUCAAGCAAUACAAGAUGGAUGAAUCAUGCUUCGCGCUUGAAUAUGCCCGUGGCUGGAUCCCUCCUAUGCUUGGAUUUGGAUAUGCCGAUACCUUCACGUCGACCCUUGACUUUCCUACGUUGUGGGCUACGACCAGGAUAACUGGUCGUGAGAUGAUUGGCAAUUUGUUGCAGGGCAAGAUUUAG